AUGAGCACUUUUUUUGACGAAAUGAAGGCUUCUUUUGAAGACGUCCCUGUGGACGCUUCCAACAAGAUUGACACGACGAGUUUCUUGGAAGCUUCUGAAUCACUAGUGAAAUUGUUCGAUCUGUUGGGAAAUUCAGCUUUCACAGUGGUGCAGAAGGACUUGACGGGCAAUAUCACCAAGAUUCGCAAGAGAUACACGGCUGCUACAGCAGAAUCGACUACUUUACAGGACCUAGUUGUAAACGAGCGUGGAUCGGGCCAUAAAAGUGCGUCUGAAGGUUUGUUAUGGCUUAACAGAGGUUUGCAAUUUACGGCCCAGGCCCUACGCGAGACCAUGGACAACCCUGAAUUGGAAUUGACCAAGACUUUCACCGACGCUUACAACAAGACUUUGACCAAAUACCACGGUAUGCUGAUAAGACCGGUUUUCAAGCUUGCCAUGAAAGCGUGUCCUUACAGAAAAGACUUUUUUGCAAAGUUGGGAGCAGACCAAGAGAAGGUCAAUACACAACUGUUGGCUUGGCUGGCAGCCUUGGAGAAGAUCGUGGCUAUCUUGCUCGACUUCUUGAAUACCACUUGCAAAGAUUUAUAG